UGGUGUGUUCAGCAGGAUGGAGGAGCUGCAUGAAACCAYCAGCAUGGGGGACAUGAACGGGACCAUGGCUGAAACUGGGAACCUGACUGGUUCUGAUGAGCUCAUCUUCUUUGUGAAUGGAAGGAAGAUUGUCGAAAAGAACGCAGAUCCUGAGAUGACCCUGYUGACGUAUCUGCGGAGAAAAUUGGGUUUGACAGGAACUAAACUGGGCUGUGCUGAAGGAGGAUGUGGCGCCUGUACAGUCAUGCUGUCCAGAUUUCAGCCACACACCAAACAGCCCCUUCAUUAUGCCGUCAACGCCUGCCUCGCCCCCCUCUGCUCCCUGCACAUGGUUGCUGUAACAACAGUAGAGGGAAUCGGCAGUCUUGCAAGGAAACUGCACCCCGUACAGGAACGAAUUGCCAAGUCUCACGGCUCACARUGUGGUUUCUGCACACCUGGAAUCGUAAUGUCCAUGUAUGCAUUACUGAGAAACAACCCCACACCAAAGAUGGYCGACGUGGAAGAAGCCUUCCAAGGAAAUCUUUGCCGUUGCACUGGAUAUAGACCCAUUCUGCAGGGUUAUAAAACUUUCUCUGUGGAUGGGGGAUGCUGUGGUGGUAAAGAGAAUUAUGAGUGCUGUAUGAAGAAUGGGAACAAAGAUCUCCAAAUCUCAAAAGAAAACUGUGAUGAAGUGACUUCCCUCUUCAAUACCGAAGACUUUGAACCAUAUGACCCCACACAGGAAGUCAUCUUCCCCCCUGAACUUAUGAGUCUGUCUAAAAGUCAAAGGUCACAAUCCUUGUGUUUCCGUGGUGAGCGAACAACAUGGCUGCAGCCGGGUAGUCUGAAUGAGUUUCUGCUUCUGAAAUGGAAACAUCCAGAGGCAAGAGUGGUGGUGGGAAACACUGAAGUAGGUAUUGAAGUCAAGUUUAAGAACAUGGUUUAUCCAAUCAUCCUGGCUCCAGCCUUUAUCCCUGAGCUGAAUGCAGUGACUCACACUGAGGACGGUAUUGAAUUCGGUGCAGCAUGCACCCUGACCCACAUGGCAGCAGUGCUGAGGCAGGCGGUGAGGACACUUCCUCCUCACCACACUGAAGUUUUCCUCGCCAUCCUGGAGCAGCUUCAGUGGUUCGCUGGACAGCAGAUCCGUAAUGUAGCUGCUGUAGGAGGAAACAUCAUGACAGCUAGUCCCAUUUCUGAUCUCAACCCUGUUUUCAUGGCAGCCGGCUGCAAACUCACUCUGAUGGACAAAGAUGGAAGUCGUGAAGUUCAGAUGGACGACACGUUCUUUACGGGUUACAGGAAAACGGUUGUACGACCGCAGGAGAUCCUGCUCUCUGUACACAUCCCAUACAGCAAGAAGUCUCAGUUCGUCUCAGCUUUCAAACAGUCCCCUCGCCGUGAGGAUGACAUCAGUAUUGUCACAGCAGCGAUGAGCGUCACCUUCACUCCCGGGACUGAUGUUGUGGAGACCUUGAGAUUGAGUUAUGGCGGCAUGGCACCAACCACAAUGCUGGCCAAGAAGACGGCGACUAAACUGCUGGGAAGGAGGUGGGGGGAGGAGCUUCUGCAGGAAGCUUGCUCCUCAUUGGCUGAGGAGAUGGCGCUCGACCCCUCAGCACCCGGUGGCAUGGUGACAUACCGGCGAACUCUGACUCUGAGUCUGUUCUACAAGUUCUACCUGACGGUGCUGCAGAAACUCAGGCUGCAGGGCAUCGAAGUGCAGGAAGUUGGCUCAGAGUGUCUGAGUGCCACACAGGUCUACCAUCACGAAACACCAUCCAGUAUUCAGAUCUACCAGGCAGUGCCAGACAGGCAAAGCCAGGAGGAUGUGGUGGGCCUUCCCAUAAUGCACCUGUCGGCCCUGAAGCAGGCCACAGGGGAGGCAGUUUACUGCGAUGAUGUGCCGAUGUACGAGAAUGAGCUCUACCUGGCACUAAUCACCAGCACCAAGGCUCAUGCUCGAAUACUCUCUGUGGAUGUGUCGGCAGCUGAACGUUCACCUGGUGUUGUCAGCUUCCUGUUUGCUGAUGACGUUCCUGGCAGUAACCUGAGACACGACGAGACAGUCUUUGCUGACAGCAAGGUGACCUGUGUGGGUCACAUCAUUGGGGCUGUGGUAGCUGACACUCAGGUUCAUGCGCAGCGUGCUGCCAAAGCUGUUAAGAUCCAGUAUGAAGAGCUGCAGCCUGUUAUCACCAUCCAGGAGGCCAUUGCUGCCCAGUCCUUUUAUGAACCAGUCAGAACCAUUCAAAACRGAGAUGUUGAGGCAGGAUUUAAACAGGCUGAUCACAUCCUUGAGGGUGAGAUUCAUAUCGGAGGUCAGGAGCAUUUCUACCUGGAAACACAAGUCACUUUGGCUGUUCCUCUGGAAGAUGGAGAGAUGGAGCUCUUUGUUUCCACUCAGUCUCCUUCUGAAUCACAGUUUUUUGUGGCGAAGGCCCUGGGUGUUCCUGCUAACAAGGUGUUGGUCCGGGUGAAGAGGAUGGGCGGAGGCUUUGGAGGAAAAGAAAGUCGGACUAUUGUGUUGUCUCCUGUGGUUGCCGUGGCAGCAAACAAGCUAAAGAGACCUGUCAGAUGUAUGCUGGACAGAGACGAGGACAUGCUGAUCACAGGUGGACGACAUCCAUUUUAUGGGAAAUACAAGGUUGGGUUUCUGAACAACGGUAAGGUGGUUGCUCUGGACGUGUCCUUCUACAGUAAUGCUGGAAACUCCAUGGACCUCUCUCAGGCAAUCAUGGAACGGGCUUUGUUUCACAUGGAGAACUCAUACAGGGUGCCAAACAUCCGCGGCCGAGGAUUCAUGUGUCGCACAAACCUGACGUCCAACACCGCCUUCAGAGGCUUCGGAGGACCUCAAGGCAUGAUGGUGGCUGAGAGUUGGAUCACUGAUGUGGCUCAUCAUCUGGGCUGCUCAGCCGAGGAGGUGCGACAGCUGAACCUGUACCUGGAGGGACAGUCAACRCCAUUCAACCAGAUCCUGUAUGGGAUCACAUUGGACCGUUGCUGGCAGGAAUGUCUGUCACGCUCAGAUUUUGAGCAACGCAGAGCUGCUGUUAACCUCUAYAACAAACAGAACCGAUGGACCAAACGAGGACUUGCAGUGGUGCCCACCAAGUUUGGCAUCAGUUUUACAGCCACCUUCCUAAAUCAGGCCGGAGCUCUGGUUCAUAUCUACAAAGAUGGCUCUGUGCUGUUGACUCAUGGAGGGACUGAGAUGGGACAGGGACUCCACACAAAGAUGGUCCAGGUUGCCAGCAGGGUUCUGGGUAUCCCCUGCUCAAAGAUCCACAUCUCAGAGACAAGCACCAACACAGUGGCCAACACCAGCCCCACCGCUGCCUCCGCCUCCUCAGACCUCAAUGGAGCUGCUGUGCAGAUCGCCUGUGAGAUCCUGCAGAAACGCCUGGCACCAUUCAAAACCAACAACCCUAAAGGCUCAUGGGAGGACUGGGUGAAUGCCGCGUACUUCGACAGAAUCAACCUCAGCGCAAACGGCUUCUACAGGACACCAGAUCUGGGAUACAGUUUUGAGACAAACUCAGGCAGAGCGUUCAACUACUUCAGCUAUGGAGUGGCAUGUUCAGAGGUGGAGAUUGACUGCCUGACUGGAGCUCACAAGAAUCUGAGCACCACCAUAGUAAUGGACGUUGGUCGAAGCCUGAACCCAGCUAUUGACAUUGGACAGGUUGAAGGGGGCUUCAUGCAGGGUCUGGGCCUCUUCACCCUGGAGGAACUCCAUUAUUCCCCUCAGGGAGUCCUCCUCACACGGGGUCCAGGUUCCUAUAAGAUUCCUGCGUUUGGUGACAUUCCAAUCCAGCUCAGCGUCUCAUUGCUCCGAGAUGCUCCCAAUGAUAAGGCCAUCUUCGCCUCCAAGGCGGUUGGCGAGCCUCCUCUCUUCCUGGCGGCAUCCAUUUUCUAUGCCAUCAAAGACGCCAUCAAGGCCGCCCGGGCCGAGUCGGGCAUUACUGGACCAUUUAGGCUGGACAGCCCCGCCUCUGCUGAGAGGAUUCGCAACGCCUGCAGCGACCGCUUCACCAAACUGUGUCCUCCUGCGGAACCAGGAACCUUCAGCCCCUGGUCGGUCCAGGUGUAGAGGAGAUAAUCCAUCUGAAGAAACAGAAUGUAGUUUUAUUCAUACCAAAGUUUUGAUCAUAUGAAAUUUUUUUCAUCAAGAUCUGAUCAAACAAGAAAUAAGUGUCUCUUGGUUUCUCCAUUGUGGACUGAUGAUAAUCUGCUGUUUGGUUCCAGAUCAGCUGAUGUUAAAAGCUCAUUCCUGAUUGGUUCUGUGAAAAAUCAAUGUCCUGUGUGCUAUAAUCAAAAUAUUCUGCUACCGCAGCUCCAUGUCUCCUUAUCUUCACAUGAAUAUCAAUUAAGUGAUAUUUUGUUUCAACGAAAUAAAACUUUUCAAAACUUU